AUGAUUCAAAACUCAUCAUCACUUCCCAGCACUUGUUUCAAACUUUCAAAUGUUCCCACAAUCAAUCAAUACGAAAUUGGACUUCCAACUGGAUGCGAAGCCACUGCUCUUGCACAAGCUCUUCACUAUUUCGGUCUCCAUGUUUCACCCGUUCAAAUUGCAACCAUGUUAAAAAAGGAACCUUUCAUGUUUCAAUUAACAAAGAACACGAGUGAGGACCAUCAUAAGAAUUUGGAUGACGCGACCACUAGUAGCAGUAGUAGUGGUGGUGGUGGUGGUGAAACUUUGGUCUAUGGAGGUAAUCCAAAGAGAGCCUUUGUUGGAAAUCCAUUCAGUGCUUUGGAAGGAAUGGGAGUGUAUGAUGAGCCAUUGAUUGAACUUGUGAAUUGCUUUUUCAUUCCCAUCCUCAACAAGCUCAAUACUUUAUCCAAAAAAGUCAAAGGUGUGAAACGAUUCUCUUCUUCAUCAUUGACUCACAAGACUAUAGAUUUUGAAUCCAUUCUUGAAUACAUGUAUACUCAUCAAGUACCUGUAGUAAUAUGGUGUACAUUAAAGAUGAGAGAAUCGUUUCACAAUUCACAUGAAACAUGGUUUGAUUAUUUAAAUAAGGAUCAUGUGAUUCAAUGGAAGAGUCCUGAACAUUGUGUAACAUUGAUUGGUUUUGAUAUAGACAUUAAUAGUAGUAGUAGUAGUAGCACGAAUGAACAAGUCGUAAUUGUUAAUGAUCCAGAUUGUGGAUGUGAAAUGAGAUACAAUCGAAAAUUAUUUGAACAACGAUUUAUGGAAAUGGGAGGUAUGGCAUUUUCUUUUGAAACAUGUGAGCCAUGA